GAAGCCUACGACCGGCACAUGGAGGAGCACGAGCGCCAGCUGGGCCGCCGCUGCCCCGUCUGCGCCAAGGUGCUGCGCGGCGCCGUCAGCGACUUCCGACGUCACGUGCGCCUGCACUCGGCUGAGAAGACGCACCGCUGCCAGCAGUGCGACAAGACGUUCACGCUGGCCAGCUAUCUGAGGCGCCACGUGUACGCGGUGCACCGACUGGAGCGGCCGCACCGCUGCCCCGUCUGCCGCAAGGGCUUCAAGUACCCUAGCCAGAUGCGGCUGCACCACAUGACGCACACGGGCGAGAAGCCGGAGCGCUGCGACGAGUGCGGCAAGACGUUCCGCUCGCAGUGGUCGCUGUGCGUGCACGAGCGCAUGCACCGGGGUGAGCGGCCGUACGUCUGCCGCUGGGAGGGCUGCGGCUACGCUGCCUGCGACGGCUCCAGUCUGCGCCAUCACCUCAAAAUGGUGCACACCAAGGAGAAGGCCGCCAAGUGUCCGCACUGCGACAAGACGUUCGUCAAGCCCAGUCAGGUGCGCAUGCACGUGCGCAUGACGCACGUGGGCGAGAAGAACGUCAGCUGUGACAUCUGCGACCGCAAGUUCUUCAACAACGCGGCGCUGCGGGUGCACCGAGCCAUCCACACGGAGGAGCGACUGGUCACGUGCCCGCUGUGCCCGGCCACCUUCAAGACCAGGAGCAACAUGAGCACUCACGUGGGCACGCACACCAAAACGCCCGAUCACAAGUGUACCAUUUGCGGAAAGGGCUUCAAGUUCCCCGCCUACCUGGUCAAGCACAUGGAGACGCAUAACAAAGAGCGCGCCUUUAAAUGCGAGUGUGGAAAGCGCUUCCGCACGGUGCGGUACCUGCAGCGCCACGCACAGAGUCACGAGCGCGGCAAGCGGUUCUCCUGCUCGCACUGCGCCAAGCGCUUCGUCUCAGCCGCCUCGGCCGAGAAGCACACACAGCGCUUCCACACGCGCGUGCCGUCCAUCUGGUGCCUGCAGUGCAACACGGAGUUCCGCCGCGCCGCCAAGCUGGUGACGCACUACGGCGCGCGCCACCGCGCCGACGGCCCGUUCCACUGUCCCGACUGCGGCCAGGUGUUUAAGGCGGCGCGGCCGUUCGCCCGGCACCGCGGCAGCAUGCACAUGUCUUACGUCACCGACGGCAAGCCGCUGGCGGAGUCCGACGAAGCCUCGGAGUAGCCGCCGCCGCGCCAGCUCGGUCAGCGGCAGGCGCCGGGCGGUGGGCAGGCGGACGAAGUGGGCCGCACAGUUGUCGGCCCGCUCGGGCCCCUGCGGCCGUCAGGGAGUCACGUGCGGCGCCGCUAGCCCGUGGAUGAAGGCACCGCUUCGUGACGCCAUCGUGCCCGCUGCGGCGUCUCGGGUGUUCGGCGUCUAACAUCCGUGAUGCAGCGACCCAUCGGACAUGUUUCGGGGCCGUGUCGCGCUUCCAGAACACGCCCAGGGCGCGCUAUCGGCGCCCGCUGGUCCUGCCGCGGACACUGCUGUCAGUGGGUGCUCUAUCCCCUGUCCUGUCCGUUCCCUGUCCCGGACAGUUUACUUCCGGCUGCUGGCGCGAGGUCGCCUGCGCGCGGAUGUUGUUCGUUCGGCGGUAAGCGACGAGCAGCAGCAUCGCGGUGCUUUGCGCGGUGACCUGCCAUCAAUCCUCGCUCAGGUGGCAAUGCCGAGCUGCGCGAUAGUGGGUGAGGAUUGUCGCAGUGGUAGCUGCUGGACGGCGCUUCAGUGUUGUCAGAGCCGCUGGUCGUUUCGGAUACUAGAGUAUAGUAGAUGGCCAUUUUAUGUUGUAACAGGGUUCGUCGGACGCUUUUACGUGCGGUUCGUUUGAAGUUGAGAAUGUAGGUGAUGCCAUGGAGGUGCGCUAAUGCAUUUUUCUCAGCUGGCUUGCUUCGUUCGGAC